UCGCGCGGGGGCUGCUGGGAGCGAAGAUGGCGGCCACCAAGCGGGUGCUGUAUGUGGGCGGCCUUGCUGAAGAGGUGGACGAGAAGGUUCUCCACGCGGCUUUCAUUCCCUUUGGAGAUAUCACCGACAUCCAAAUACCUCUGGACUACGAAACUGAGAAGCACCGAGGAUUUGCUUUCAUUGAGUUUGAGCUGGCUGAGGAUGCGGCAGCAGCUAUCGACAACAUGAACGAAUCAGAGCUGUUUGGCAGGACGAUUCGUGUCAACUUGGCCAAGCCAAUGCGGAUUAAGGAGGGCUCUUCCAGACCUGUCUGGUCAGAUGAUGACUGGUUGAAGAAAUUUUCGGGGAAGACCCUUGAGGAGAAUACAGAAGCAGGAGCAGAAGCCCCCAAAGCAGACACACAGGAGGGCGAACCAGCAGCCAAGAAGUCCAGGACCAACCCUCAGGUUUACAUGGACAUCAAGAUUGGAAACAAGCCUGCAGGGAGAAUCCAGAUUCUCUUGCGCUCAGACAUUGUUCCUAUGACUGCAGAGAAUUUCCGCUGCUUAUGCACCCACGAGAAAGGCUUCGGCUUCAAAGGGAGCAGCUUCCACCGCAUCAUCCCACAGUUCAUGUGUCAGGCUGGAGAUUUCACUAACCACAACGGCACUGGGGGCAAAUCGAUCUAUGGGAAGAAAUUUGAUGAUGAAAACUUUAUCCUGAAGCACACAGGACCAGGGUUGCUCUCAAUGGCUAACUCCGGUCCCAACACCAAUGGCUCCCAGUUCUUCAUCACUUGUGAGAAGACAGACUGGCUGGACGGGAAGCACGUGGUGUUCGGAGAGGUGACGGAGGGGGCGGACGUGGUGCGGCAGAUUGAGGCACAAGGCAACAAAGAUGGGAAACCCAAGGAGAAAGUGAUCAUCUCUGACUGUGGGGAGUACGUGUGAGCCCCUGCCGUGCUGUGGGGAGCUUGGCUAGAGUGUGAGCCGGGGGUGAUAAAGCCUGGAGACUGUUCUAGAUGGGGAAGGAGGACUUCAGGAGAUGGCCAAGGAGAAAAAGCUCUGUGCUUUCAAGGCCCAGCUUCUGUCCUAUUGCUUCAGAAACUGUUGUGUGAACUUUGGAUGAUCAUUCUGGUCAGGAUACCAUACAGAGAGCACGACCAUGGGUACCUUGCUACAGGGACUGGGGAACACUGCCUCUAAAGAUGUUGGCAAGUUGUGCUUCUGCCCCAGCAUCUGGAGUAUCCGUUCCCCCACAGAGAUCUUUUGUAUAGCAUUUCAAUGUGGCUACAUCAUUUUUAAAUCUUUGCUUUUCUUUGAA